AAUCGGCUCAUAAGAAUGGUUGGCCGUGGUGCAGGUGAUGGAAGUGAGAUUCAAUCUGCAUUAGCUGAGUGGACAGGUCAACGAACAGUGCCAAAUGUGUUUAUUGGAGGAAACCACAUCGGUGGCUGUGAUUCCACAACUGCAUUGCACAAUCAAGGGAAGUUGGUAUCGUUGCUAACUUCGGCUGGGGCUCUUGCUGCUGCUUCUUCUACUUGAAAGGAGCAACAUAGCUAUUAUGUAGCUGAUCAGUUAACUUGUAUAAUAAAGAACAGGCUCCACUGUCUGGUGCUUUGGGUUACAUAUAACAGCUGUGUGGUACUUUGGGUUUUAUAUAACUCUUGAAACUCUGGUACUUUGGGUUUCAUAUAACUCUUGAAACUCUAGACUUUACUUUAUUAUUGUAGUCGCUGCAAUAUCGUAUUUAUAUUUAAAUUCUGAUGAGUGUCAGUGAGACGAUUGCUGAAAGAAGUAAAAACCAAAGGAUAUCAAGUCCCCGAGUCAUCCUUGGCAA